CAAAGAAUCUAGAUUUGAACACAACACUGUUAUUGUAAAAAGCCAGGGCCACAACAUUACACACUACAGUAGUAACGUUAAAUUUUAAUUGAACAUGCAAACAUUCCUGUAUACUGUUACACCUUGUUCUUACGUAGCAUGCAAACCAAGUACUAUUCUAUUUUGGUGGAGCAUAAUCCACUCCAACACUUUAAAUUUAGUAAAUAGACUAAAGCAGUAAAUGACCAUGUGCUAGGCGAUUGAAGAGAUUCUCUUGGGUGCAUCUAGCAAAAAGUCCAAGGAAGAUAAUGAAGAAGCACCUCAAGAAAAUAUUCUUUGUGCUGAUGUUCCUAAGUCUACUCGGGAGGUAGGAACGCAGUAUGACCUGGAUGACAUACUGGGAAACUUCGAUGACCAUUCUUACUCCAUACACACGUCAUCACCAGUCAGGGCAGUAACAGCAGAUAUAACGGAAGUCAAAUUUGAUGUCAGUCGAAGUCAGUUUGCAAUCACGGAUGAUAGCCAAGAAGUUCUUCCAGCUAGUCAAAAAAGUGAAGCAUCAGAAGUAGAGACUGCCCUAGACAGGGACUUUGAUCCAUCGUUCAGUGUUCAUACCAGUGAUUCUAAUCAAAGCCUGUCUGAUGUCAUUGAUUCUGAGCCUGACAACUCAACUCUUUCAACUGAAAGGACCAAUUCUACUGAUGUUUCAAAAAAUUAUUGUUUUUAAUGACUGCCUUCAAGAACUGUUUCAGUUUUGUCCAGUCGGUGGCUCACCUGUCGUUAGCCACACUCAAUUCUGCACAGGUACACUCUUAACAGUGAACAUCAUCUGUUCCAAAGGACAUGAAAGGCAAUGGAGAUCACAACCAUCCAUUACAGGAAUGCCUGCUGGCAACCUGAUGGUCUCUGCAGCAAUUUUGUUUUCUGGAGAAACUUACAGUAAAAUUUCUCACUUUGCAGAAAUUCUAAAACUACAGUUUUUGUCAGAAUCAACAUACUACAGAAUACAGGAUGAGUAUGUUUUGCCAGUUACAAAUGAUGCCUGGAAGAAACAUCAACAAGAAAUUUUGAAGUUUGUAAGUGGACCACUUUCAAUUAUUGCAGAUGGAAGAUGCGAUAGUCCAGGGUAUUCAGCUAAAUAUGGAACAUACACCAUUAUAGACCAAAACACAGACAAGAUACUUGACUUUCAGUUGGUUCAGGUGGGUGAAGUUGCCAACUCUAUUGCUACGGAAAAGACAGGACUUGAAAGGUCACUUCAAUAUUUGUUGAAUGAAGGUCUUUCCAUACAUCAAUUAGCUACAGACAGACAUCCACAAAUCACUAGCUUUAUGCAGAAACACUAUCCAUCAGUUGAACAUCAGUACAACAUAUGGCAUGUCUCUAAAGGGGUUUCUAAGAAGCUCGCCAAACAGGGAAAGCAAAAAGCUUGUCAGAGCCUCCUUCCAUGGAUACCAUCAAAUUUGCAAUCAUUUGUGGUGGUGUGCUUCAUCUUGCCAUGGUAACAGAGAAAUCCUGAAAGAGAAAUGGAUGUCUAUUCUUCAUCACAUUUCUGAUGUACACACUUGGGCUAGUGCAAACCACUUUCUAGAAUGUGCCCACCAGCAACUUUCUGAGGAAGAGAGACAAGGCAAGGAGUGGUUAAAAAAAGGUUCUCCUCCUCAUGAAACAUUGAAGUCAGUUGUCCUUGACAAAAAUUAUUAAAAGAUAUUGGCAAACUUAAUCAAUUUUGUCAUAAUGGAAUACUUGAAGUGUACCACUCCCUUAGGUACAGUACUGUUCCAAAAGGCUGCACUUUGGCUACAAAGGAAUGAUUGCUCGAACCCAACUGGCAGCUCUGGAUCACAACAAUAAUGUCGACAGAAGCCAAGCAACAACAGCCCAUGAACAAAAGAGGUACAAAGUUGUCUUUCCUAAAGCCAAAAAGCAAUGGAUUGCAAAACCCAUAAUGGAGACAAAGUCCUAUGGAUACCUUAAUGAUAUGCUAGCUGCAGUUCUUGAAAGAAGGAGCACUACCCACAAGUCACUGAAGACUACGAAAGCUUAUCCACCACAAGCCUCUAUACCCCCUAAUAUUGCAACAUGCCCUAGACCACCAAAGGAAACGGUUAUAGAAAACUACAAAAGCAGAUUCUGAUACUAGCUAGCUAAAAACUUUACACUGGCCACUGUGGCCCAUCACAACUUUCUUGAAAUCCAAUAUAUUCCCCCGUUUCUUCAGGAAAGUGCCCUCUGAUAGAAGUCACAACACAUGAUGGUAUCACUCUUCUCACUCCCCUGCCCAUAUUCCUGUGUACCCAGUAUGUAAACUGGCGGUAAGAUGUCAACCUCAGCAACCUGGAAUGUCAAGUAUUUACAUUACACAAACGACUUCGAUCAGUACGCUCUACCA